AUGAGAAUUGGCAAUGUGGAUGUCACGCUGUCCAUCAAGGACAUGGACAUAGCAUCAGUCUGGAGGCAGUGGGGGGAGGGCGGUGUGAGAGGGUGGAGGGUGGUUACGAGACGAGAUGAAACCAGCCGCGUAGAAACGUCUGGACAUGGUGGACUGGCUGGAAGACAUAAGACCUGGGCUAAUCAAGUCGACAAGUUGUAUUUGGAAGAGGCCAAUUUAAUUGCAUUUGUACAUGAGCAGACGGAAAUGAAAGCAAAGUCUGAAACAACUCCUCCGUCUUGUAGAUGUCGCAAUUUGGCAAUUUGGCGAUAA